CACCACCUUCACUUGCCUCUCAAUUUCUCUAUAUAUAAGCUCAUUCCAGUUCAAUAUUAUCAUCACAAACCUACUCCUACUUCUAAAACACACACACUUGAUCAUAACUAGCUACCAUUUGCUCUACUACUAUUUCCUAUACUCAUCAACUGCAUUUUAUACACACACACACAUAUAUAUCUUAGCUAGGUUAACUUGUAUUGCAAUAUUUGUCUUCUACAUUUUUAAUUAAAGGAGACAAUAUUUCUUGGGAUAGAUGGAUCAGGUAGUGAAAUUGGCGUCGAAGGCGGCUGUGGUGAUCUUCAGUAAGAGUUCAUGCAGCAUGUGCCAUGCCAUCAAGAGACUGUUUUACGGUCAAGGCGUGAGCCCUAUCAUUCAUGAGCUCGACGAAGAGCCAAGAGGGAGGGAAAUGGAGUGGGCACUCAAGAGGCUGGGGUGCAACCCUUCGGUACCGGCUGUGUUCAUCGGGGGUAAGUUUGUGGGCUCUGCUGACACCGUCCUCACCCUUCAACUAAGCGGCGAGCUCAAGAAGCAGCUCAUAGAGGCUGGAGCUUUAUGGCUUUAGUACGUAACAAAUUUGAGCCCUAGUACUACUACUAUGUUUUUAAUAAGGUCAACCAAACACUAAUCUUCUUCUUAAUUACCUAAUUAAGUAUAUAUGUACUGGAGGCUUCAAUGAGUAUGUAAAUGCUCAAUAUAUAGAGGUGGUCAAACUUACAAAGUGUAGUAGUUUUAAUGCUAUAUCUAGAUUAACAAAUGGCUUUUCACCUUUUGUUAAUAUAGCAUAUGUUUUGUAAAAAAAAAAUUUGUGUAUUUUCUUGCUGCGGGGAAUAUUAAGAAAAUUAAUGGAAUAUAUUAAAAUGUCAUUUCGAUGAA